AGCUUGCACUCUAACCAACUGAGCCAUCCCAGCCGCCCCAGUGUGAGCUCAAUUUUGAUGGGAACAGAAGCUGAGUUGAGAAAAGAGAAUAUUUACUUUUUCCGCCGAGUUGAUGCCCAAGUAAAUAGAGUGGUCCCAUAAGAGGAGCCCUCGCCCUGCCCUCCUCCCUCCAGGGCAGCCUGGAGCAUAUAAGAAGGCUUCCGCUGGGCACAUGCCACACAAGACCCUGGAUCCAACCACCGGGAGCCUCACUCACCAGCCUCAUGCCACCAUGAAUCUCGCUAUCACCCUUGCCCUGGUCACCCUGGCUUUCUGCUGCAGCCCUGCUUCUGCAGAGAUCUGCACAAGCUUUCUCCAUGUCAUUAAAACCCUCUUUCUGGGCAUGCUUUCUGAGCAUGAGGCCACAAUUGAACUUUUCAGCCCGGAUGCAGACAUGCGCGACGCAGCGAUGGAGAAGAGGCUGGUGGACACCCUCCCCAGCACCGAGGAUAGCAUCAUGAGACUCAUGGCUAACCACAGACAGCCAUAG